CAGUUUUCUCUCAGUCACAACUUCGUACCCGCUCACAGACGAACGCCGAACCAUCACUGCUUUCAACCAUAUCUCCCUUCAAUCUCUUGCGUUCACGACUUCGUCUCCUUCCCUCUCUCUCUUGCGUUCCCAGUUGCACGUCUCUCUCUUCACACAAGAACAAUAGGUGUUUUGAUGGAAGUGGAAUGGUCUGAAUCGCGGUAUGAGGGUAGGAAUGAUAAAGAGGAUUCCCCUGUGAGGGAGCAAUAUGAUGAUGAUGGGGCAGAGAAAUCUAGCAAGCAUAGAAGCAAGGAUAGGAAGAAGAGCGACAAGGAGCACCGAAGUAAAGACAGGGAACAGCUGAAGAGGACUGCUGAGGACAUUUCAAAAGAGGUGAGGGAUGUAGAGAAGGAUAGAGUGGCUGGCAGGGAACGGAAGAAGGAAGAUAGGGAUGAACGUGAAAAGGACAGGGUUAAAGAUAGUAAGGUGAGGGAGAAAGAUUAUGAUAGAGAGAAGUACAGGGAAAAAGAGCGUGAGAGGGAUAGGGAUAAGAAGGACCGGAGUAAGGAUAAAGACCGUGAGAAGGAAAGAGAGGUGGAGAAAGAUAGUGAUAGAGCACGAGAGAAGGAGAGGGCAAAAGAGAAGAGUAGGGAUAGAGAUAGAGAAAGGGAGAAAGAAAGGGAUAAGGCGAAGGAAAGGGAGCGAGAGAAGCAUAGAGAUAGAGAAAAAGAGAGGGAAAGCUAUAGAGAUGGGGACAAGGAUAAGGGGAAAGAUAAAAUUAGAGAGAAGGAGAGGGAGGCUGAUCGAGAUAAAGAAAGGUCAAGAGAUAGAGUAAGCAGAAAAACUCAUGACGAAGAUUAUGAAUUGAAUAAUGUUGAUGAUAAAGUAGACUACCAUGACAAGAGAGAUGAGGAGGUUGGCAAGCAAGCAAAGGCUUCAAAGCUCGAUGGAGAUGAUCAAGAUGGUGAAACCUCAGCACAUCUGUCAUCAACAGAACUUGAAGAACGCAUCUUGAAGAUGAAAGAAACAAGGACAAAGAAACCAUCUGACGCUGCUUCUGAGAUCUUAUCAUGGGUUAAUAGAAGCCGUAAGCUUGAAAAAGAAAGAGUGUCGCAGCUCUCAAAGAUUUUUGAGGAGCAGGACAACAUUGCUAAAGAAGAAAGUGAAGAUGAGGAUACAGCCCAACACACUGACAACCUGGCGGGAGUGAAAGUUCUUCAUGGCCUUGAUAAAGUUGUGGAAGGCGGAACAGUAGUUCUGACUAUUAAAGAUCAGCCCAUACUUGCUGAUGGUGACAUUAAUGAAGAGAUUGAUAUGCUUGAGAACGUGGAAAUUGGAGAACAAAAACAACGGGACGAAGCUUAUAAAGCUGCAAAAAAGAAAACUGGCAUAUAUGAUGAUAAGUUUAAUGAUGACCCCUCUGCGGAGAAGAAAAUACUUCCACAAUAUGAUGAUCCAGCUGCAGAAGAGGGUUUAGUUUUGGAUGAAAGGGGACGAUUCUCAAGUGAAGCCCAGAAGAAACUUGAAGAGCUGCGAAGAAGGUUAACAGGUGUUUCCUCGAAUAACUUUGAAGAUCUAACUUCAUCUGGGAAGGUAUCAUCAGAUUAUUAUACUCAGGAAGAAAUGCUUCAAUUUAAGAAGCCUAAGAAGAAAAAAUCCUUGCGGAAGAAAGAUAAGCUGGACAUCAAUGCCCUUGAAGCUGAAGCUGUCUCUUCUGGAUUGGGUGUUGAUGACCUUGGUUCUCGGAAAGAUGCAAGGAGGCAAGCCAUCAAAGACGAGCAAGAAAGAUUGGAGGCUGAGAUGAGAAAUAAUGCUUACCAGUCUGCAUAUGCUAAAGCAGAUGAAGCCUCCAAAUUACUGCGUCUAGAACAAACUCUUAAUGUUAAAAGAGAGGAAGAUGAAACUCCAGUUUUUGCAGAUGAUGAUGAGGAUCUUCGUAAAUCCUUAGAGAAAGCGAGAAGAUUAGCUCUUAAAAAGCAGGAGGAAGAAGGGACAUCUGCCCAUCAAGCUAUUGCAUUGCUUGCCACCUCAAAUCAUAAUAAUGAGACUGUAGAUGAUCAGAACCCUUCAUCAGCUGGAGAGUCACGAGAAAACAAGGUGGUCUUCACAGAGAUGGAAGAAUUUGUCUGGGGUCUCCACAUUGAUGAAGAAGCACGUAAACCAGAAAGUGAAGAUGUUUUCAUGCAUGAUGAUGGAGAGGCAAAUAUUCCGGAUGAAGAAAAGAGUGACAAAGAGGCUGGUGGAUGGACUGAAGUUAACGAAACUAAUAAAGAUGAACAACCCAAUUCAGAAGACAAAGAGGAGAUAGUUCCGGAUGAAACUAUCCAUGAAGUUGCUGUGGGGAAAGGAUUGUCAGGUGCAUUGAAACUGCUUAAAGACCGAGGGACGCUUAAAGAAAGCAUUGAGUGGGGUGGCAGAAACAUGGACAAGAAGAAAAGCAAAUUGGUUGGGAUCAUAGAUGAUGAAGGAAAGGAAUCACAGAAGAAAAAGGAGAUUCGCAUUGAAAGGACAGAUGAAUUUGGGAGAAUUUUGACUCCUAAGGAAGCGUUUCGGAUGAUUUCUCACAAGUUCCAUGGUAAAGGGCCUGGAAAAAUGAAGCAAGAAAAACGUAUGAAGCAAUAUCAAGAAGAAUUGAAGAUGAAGCAGAUGAAGAGCUCAGAUACACCAUCAAUGUCUCUGGAGAGAAUGAGGGAGGCUCAAGCUCGUCUGAAGUCUCCCUAUCUUGUUCUUAGUGGUCAUGUCAAACCAGGACAAACUAGUGAUCCAAAAAGUGGUUUUGCCACUGUUGAGAAGGAUCUUCCCGGAGGCUUGACACCCAUGCUUGGUGAUCGAAAGGUAGAGCACUUUCUGGGAAUUAAGAGGAAGGCUGAGCCAUCAAGUUCGGAUACCCCAAAAAAACCUAAACCUUGAUUCUUUGGUCUUCUAAUUGUAAGCAUUUUAAGCUAAUAUCCCUGUAAGCUUAGAAGUUUGACCCAUACACUGCUCAUCUAUUCCGUUGCUGACUGCAGAUAUUUUGCAGCAGAAUUUAUUUUGUUCAGGUUUCGUUGGUAAAACUUCAUUUCCUUGGAAGAAUGUAAUUUGUUGCUAUAUAUUUUAAUGACUAGCAACCAGUCAUGCGGUUCAGGAUUCAUAACACCUUAUGUACAAAUAAGAGUUAAUUUUCAAUAUAUUGAGUAAAAUUUAUU